AAUGUCGAAUAAGAGAAUAGCCUCUGCUCUUUAUCAACCUAUCCUCCACAUCCGCCGACAUCCAUCGUCCUCGGGUUUCUAUUGAUCCGUCGAUAGUGCUCAUGGCACUAGUUUCCUAUUCAGAUUCCGAAGAGGACGAAGAACCUAUAGCCAAGCGAUCCAAGAAAGACGCAGUCAACCAUGAGGACGACGACCUACCACCACUCCCAGCGUCGUUCUUGAAUUUGUAUUCGUCCAGUGUCCGCGUAAGCAAUACCGACGAUCCAUCGCUACACCAUGGUCGCAAGCGUAUCGUCAAGCAUGUUGAGGGAAACUGGCCCACCCAUGUCUAUCUUGAAUGGCUCCCCUCGCCAAAUGAACACGAAACUCUGACCAGACUACUCAAGGCAUUGCCAAAUUCGACGGUGCAUUCAUUGAUAGAAACGCCUCUUCAAGUGCCUUUACCUUUGCAUGUAUCUCUCAGCGCUCCAUUAGUCCUUCGCACUGAGAGCAAGGACACCUUCUUGGACGAUAUCACCGAACAAUUGAAAUCGGUGGUUGGUUCACUGCGCCAGCCAAUCAAGGUACGACCAGCAUCGAUAUCAUGGCACGGUAAUGAAGACAGCAGUCGCUAUUUUCUGGUCCUCCGCGUCCAAGAUCCCCAACAACCACAAUCACCCAGCUCCCUAACCCUGCUGAACCAACUCCUCCUCACCAGCAACCGCAUAGCAGCAAAACACAACCAACCCCAACUCUACACCAAACUCGCCCAGAGGAACUCCUCGAACCCGACAAAAGCAACUGCCACCGCCGAAAACAACAACGACUUUUCACCCUACUUUCACAUAAGUAUAGGCUGGACAUUACCAUCUACCAAUCGAAACCUGGAAGAUGAUAACUUGGCCAUGCAACCGAUUGUCAAAGAGAUCUUGGAUGAUCUUUGCGAAAACAUGAUUGUCUCUUUCGAUGCGGUCAAAGUACGCAUAGGGCAAACGGUCACGGCAUUGCCGAUCGGAGGAUCGCAGACGAGUAAGAAACGUGGGUUGUUUGAUUGAAAGAUAUGCGGUAGUAGAAAUCUUUGUGGUUUCUCCCACUGUAUGGAUUUGAAGCGGGAAGUUUAGUUGAAUGGUAUAGAGUGAUUGCAUCAGUUCGAUUGUUUCCAUGGCUAGGUAGGUCUGUCUAAACAUGAAGGGAAUAGGGGCGACAACACAGCUCAGUGGCGAGGCUGCAAGAUCGGUUGUCUCGAUACACGAUGUUUUCUAUGAUCAAGGCCAUGUCCAAAGAGAGCUCAUGAAGUGGUCUAGCUGUGGAAAUCUCAACUACCGCCACAUUGCGAGUAAGGGAUGCUUAAGUCUAGGGCUUCAUGCGCGUUGCAUGAUAAGAGAUAGACCUGUAGCAUAUCUCGUUCCUCACAUUAUAAUUCAGGAC